CCACCUGGAGCAAGUAUAUAAAGCACAGAGAAAAAACAAAACACAUGUUAGAGGUCAUCAGUGACAUGGUCCCACUGUUGCUAUGGAAACAACACUUCUUUGGUUUAGAGAAUCCAUCUAGUUACCAAGGUAACCAAUAAUACAAAAAAGGCAUAGUGCUUUUUAAUUUAUCGCUGAGGUUCGGUUACAACAAGUGCACCUAGGUUUGAAAGCAUGGCACAUACAAAAAGAGGUGAUACAAGUGAACAUUGCGGUAAUGGUUUCAUACCUGUUAUGAUAAUCUUGGGUUCUCAGUCAAUUCCUGAAAAAAAAGAUGGAGUGAAAACAGGCACUAGGUGAUGUCACUUGGUGUCUUAGAUCGUUGGUGUUCCUCACAGAGAAAGAAAGCGCUUCACACCAUACAUUCUGGAGUCAGGAAGAGCUGUCGUGCUGCUUUACCUCACUGAUCUGAUCAUCUAUAUUAAAAACAGAAGGAAAUUAUAUUGGGUAGAGGCAUCGACCAAACUGAGAGUUGGAUAUGUUAAUAAGUCUGCUACUUCAAUCUCAAGGAUGCAUGGCUAUACUGCCACCUUCUGGAUGAGGCUUUUAUCACAUAGGAACGUCUUAACAAAAUCCGAAUUAUAUAUACUCCACAAAACCAUUACUACAGACAUGAGUAGUUGGCUGCAGAGCACAGGUAUUUGGGAAGUGACGUCAGCAGCCCCGAAACGGAGGAAGGGGGGACGAAACGUUUCGGCGAGCAAGAUGGCAGCGAAAUCCGAUGGCGUGGGGGUCGUUACCGGGUUCGCGCAUCUGGAUGAGCAGGACGAUGCGGCGGCCAACGACGACGACCUGGACAGCGCGGCCAUUCACAUCUGCCACUGCUGCAAGUCGUCGUCGUGUUACUGGGGCUGCCGGAGCGCGUGCCUGCGCUCCUACGGCCAAGGGAACCGGAGAAGAGGAAGAGGAGCGGAGGAGCGCUUAUGGCUGGACUGUCUGUGGAUCGUGCUGGCCAUGCUCGUGUUCUUUUGGGACGUGGGCACCGAUGUGCUGUUGGCCGUGGAUUACUAUUUGAAACGGGACUACGCGUGGUUCGGGCUCACGCUCUUUUUCGUGCUCGCUCCGUCCGUGCUCGUGCAGAUCCUCAGCUUCAGGUGGUUCGUGCAGGACUACACGGGCGGAGGCCUCGGUCUGGUGCAGGGUCUGAGCAAGAGAGCCACCGCUGGACUGAGCGCAGGCAAGUACGGCCGGCGUACGUGCUGCCACAUCUCCAUCUGGACAUGGCAAGUGCUGGUGCAUCUCCUGCAACUGGGCCAAGUGUGGAGAUACAUUCGGACUAUGUACCUGGGCAUCCAGAGCCGACGUCAGACCAAACACAGGCGGAGAUUCUAUUGGGCCAUGAUGUAUGAAUAUGCUGAUGUCAACAUGCUUCGGCUGCUGGAGACAUUUUUGGAGAGUGCUCCCCAACUGGUGCUACAACUUUGCAUUAUGAUCCAGAAGAACCGGGCUGAGACUUUGCAGUGUGUCUCUUUAUUGGGAUCACUGAUGUCUCUGUCCUGGGUGUUAGCUUCAUACCAUAAGCUCCUGCGGGACUCCAGAGAUGAUAAGAAGAGCAUGAGCUAUCGAGGGGCACUGAUUCACAUCUUUUGGAGGCUCUUCACCAUUUCUUCAAGGGUGCUCUCCUUUGCUCUCUUUGCAUCAAUCUUCCACAUCUACUUUGGCAUUUUUGUGGUUAUGCACUGGUGUGCCAUGGCCUUCUGGAUUGUGCAUGGAGGCACUGAUUUCUGCAUGUCUAAGUGGGAGGAGGUGCUAUUCAACAUGGUGGUUGGCAUUGUCUACAUAUUCUGCUGGUUUAACGUGAAGGAAGGCCAGACACGCUACCGGAUGAUGAUCUACUAUUUUGUGGUGCUGGCUGAGAACACGGUGCUAACCUGUCUGUGGUAUACCUACAGAGACCCAACCACCACAGACUCUUACGCAGUGCCAGUCCUGUGUGGCGUUUAUGUAAGCUUUGCCUCAGGAGUGGUCUUCAUGGGCAUCUACUAUGGAGUCCUUCACCCCAUGGGCCCAAGGAUGAGGGUGCUAGCCAGCUCCUGCUGUGCCGAUCUACUGUGGGGUCUCCCUUUACCCCCUGAGGCCGAGCCAAUGGCACCAACCCCCGGUCCUUAUGCCACACAAACAACCCCGAGCAGGGCAUCCACAACAGGUUAUGGGCAGCAGGAUGAGUCCACGGCAGAAACCUGUCUACCAGUGUUUCAGGUACGAUCCCCUGAACACACCACACCAUUGGGUCGUCAUCGACCAGAAGGGCCGCUCAUCAAGAUUGAUAUGCCCCGCAAACGUUACCCAGCCUGGGAUGCUCACUUUGUGGACCGGCGCCUAAGAAGGACAAUUAACAUCCUGCAGUUUAUCAGCCCCUCGGCUGUAGGCAUCAGGUACAGGGAUGGGCCACUUCUCUAUGAGCUCCUGCAGUAUGAGUCUUCUCUGUGACUAUGUUUUCUCUUCUCUACACCCUUCAAAUUUUUCUUUAGUUUUUUUACCAUUAGCCAUUAUGUGUUCUUGUUUGUUUUUUUUUUACCUUUUAUUCAAAAUCAAAAGGGUUUAAAGUUUUUUGCAACAAAAAAUGUUUUGUAAUUAUUUAUUAUAAAUGAAUACGUAAAAUGUGAAAAACAAAACUUGAUCUUAGUCAUUGUACAUUUUCUUAUGCAAACUGUGAGUGUAUAUUUAUUUGUACAUAUGCAUCUUUUUUUAUAUAGUCUAU